CAGCCAGGCCCUCUGGGAGCCCCAAGUCUGAAGCAGUUAGGCAGGGCUCCCAGGGGAGGCUGCGGUUUCCACAAGGGCAGGUGUUAGUUGGGUUUCCUAGCCCAACCUCACAGGGAGAACUAUUUUUCUAGAACAUAGGAAAUGUCAAGAGGAACUGACACAUUACAGGUGGUCUUUUCCUGGUGGAAGCCUUCAGCAAACUGCCCCCCUUUUCCUACAGGCAGCUCCCCAUCCCUGUGUUUGUGCGUGGCCCCUGAGGUCAUGCGGGACAGGAGGGAUUGGGUCCUGCUCGCCCGCCAAGGGGUUGGAAUUCCGGGGAGUCUCCGGGCCUCCGUGGCGCUAGGGGGCGCUGCGGACGCCCCGGCCGGCCUCCCGCAGACCCCCUCCGGUCCGCAGUCGCCCGCCCCACGCGCGCCAUGGGCUCCGAGGUCGCCCAGCUGCUGGAGGCCGCCGACUUCGCGGCUCGCAAGCACCGACAGCAGCGCCGCAAGGACCCCGAAAGGACCCCUUACAUCAAUCACCCGAUCGGUGUGGCUCGGAUCCUGACGCAUGAGGCGGGAGUCAGUGACAUUGUAGUGUUACAGGCUGCCCUGCUCCACGAUACCGUGGAGGACACGGACACCACCCUGGACGAGGUGGAGUUGCACUUCGGGGCGCAGGUGCGGCGCCUGGUGGAGGAGGUUACGGAUGACAAGGCUCUGCCGAAGCUGGAGAGGAAACGGCUGCAGGUGGAACAUGCGCCCCACAGCAGCCCCGGAGCCAAGCUGGUGAAGCUGGCGGACAAGCUGUACAAUCUGAGGGACCUGAAUCGCUGCACCCCGGAGGGAUGGUCUGAACAGCGUGUGCAGGAAUACUUCGAGUGGGCUGCACAGGUGGUGAAGGGGCUCCAGGGGACAAACCAGCAGCUGGAAGAGGCACUCAAGCAGCUGUUCCAGGAGCGGGGGCUGGCGCUUUGAAGGGGGCUGGGCGCCCCAGGCCUGCACCUCUCCCUCCUCCCUGAUCCCCAGGGCUAAGAACACUUGGAUUUUUCUGCC